AAGUCGUAAAUAUUACGUCUGAAUAAAUAUAUAGCAGUAUGCAGUUAGACUCGGAGUAGUCAAAUCUCAAUAAUACACCAUGGAGAGAUUUUACACAUGCAGUUGCUUUUUCAGAGAUAAUAUUUUUCUUGAGGAAUACAAACUUCAUGUUCGUUUCGUCUCAGAAAGCCAGUUCAGGAAUGAUUAUCAAAAUAUCCUCAGAUCCCUGGGCUGUGUGUCUGAGUCUCAGUUCAGAGACGUGAUUGGAAAGAUUCAUGCAGAAAUUGAGAGACGCCAGAAUCAUAAAUUGAAAUCAGCAGAGAGAGCAGCUACCAUAAAGGAGAUUUAUACACCUCUACAUCAACAUGUUUAUCAUCUACAUGAAUCAUUCCUGGCCCCAGAGCUUUUACAGCUGGUCAAAUACUGUGCUUCAAGUGAUGCAACCGUGGAAGGACUAACGUUAUUGAAACUCAUCCAGACAGAAGCAGGUGAGCUUCUUUACUCAUGCUCCAAUUUAGACCGUUUGACCAUCAAAUCAUGGGAAAUAAAUCACGUCAACAAAAAAAUUCUGUUUACUUUAUAUUUUGCAGCACCAAGAGUCUUCAGAUUCCCAGUGUUCAGAAAGGAAUUCUGCAAUGACCUUAUUGAAGAGCUGGAGCAUUUUGAACAGUCUGAUGCCCCAAAGGGCAGGCCGAACACCAUGAACAAUAAUGGGAUUCUUCUUAAUGAACUGGGCUUUGAUGAGAGCUUCAUCACCCCACUGAGGGAGGUGUAUCUGCGUCCACUCACGGCUCUGCUCUACAGCGACUGUGGAGGAAGCUGCCUGGACAGUCACAAGGCUUUCGUGGUCAAGUAUGCUAUGCGUGAAGAUUUGGAACUCUGCUAUCAUUAUGACAACGCUGAAGUCACUCUAAACAUAUCACUGGGGAAAGACUUUACAGAGGGCAACCUGUUCUUUGGAGGCAUGAGACAGGUGCCUCUGAGUGAGACGGAGUGUGUGGAAGUGGAGCAUCACGUGACUGAGGGUCUGCUUCACAGGGGCCAGCACAUGCACGGCGCUCUGCCUAUCUCUUCAGGCACACGCUGGAACCUGAUCAUAUGGAUGCGAGCUUCACGUGAGAGGAACAAACUCUGCCCUAUGUGUGGUAAGAGACCCACGCUAGUGGAGAGUAACGGAUUCAGCGAUGGCUUCACUAUGGACCCUGAUGGUGACACUAGUAGAAAUGUGUCAUGUUCUUUAACAUGAUGUUGUUCAGUGCUGUUUUUGUCUAAUUUAUGGUCCUUUGCUCAGUAGUUUGGCAAUCAGGACAAAAUAUGCUUUUCGUCCAGUGUGCCUUUUUCAAAAUCAGU